AUGAAGCAAAUGUGUUCGGUGCAGCUGCAUGAAGACGAAAGGCCAACAGUGCGCCACAAGUGGUUUCUAUGGGUGUACGAAGAAAGAGGCAAAGUCUUGCCUCUGCUGAUUGGGAGCAGAAUGCCUUGGUAUGCCUGGUUCCUCUUCUGCCAAGCUUCCGAGGCUCUGGCGCAUUCCGGUCAUCCAGUGCUCCAAAGAAGGUCUUUCUCGACAGGGCCUGCGACAGGGCCUGCCAUGAUGGCCCUCACUGGUGCCGCUUCGGCAUGUGCACUGGGUCUUAGAGGAGUGCGAGGCAAGCAGGUGGCUCUGAGAGCACGGGGUGGUGAUCAGGACUACUACGAGGUGCUGGGGGUGAGCAAGAACUGUUCGGAAAGGGACCUCAAGACUGCCUUCCGCAAGCUCGCACGACAGUGGCACCCGGACGUGAAUAAGGAGCCUGGUGCGCAAGAGAAGUUCCAAAGCAUAGCGAAAGCCUACGAGGUUUUGUCUGACCCACAAAAGAGACAGAUGUACGACCAGUUCGGAGAAGCAGGCGUCAACGGAAUGGGCGGAGCUGGCGGCAUGGGUGGCAUGGGCGGCAUGGGUCUCGAGGAGCUCUUAAGUCAAAUGUUUGGUGGAAUGGGCGGCAUGGGCGGCAUGGGCGGCAUGGGAGGUAUGGGAGGCCGACGCCAGCGACAGUCAGGACCGCAGAAAGGUGCAGACCUGCAACUGGAGGUGACAAUCCCCUUCCUGACCGCUUGCUUUGGUGGCGAGCAGAAAGUGGACAUCAGACGCGAGGAGUCGUGCGGCACCUGCAGUGGCACUGGCGUCAAGCCGGGUGUAGGACAGACUCAGUGUCGUCAAUGCGGUGGGACGGGCUCUGUGCUGCAAGUCAUGCAAACACCAUUCGGGGUCAUGCAGACACAGCAGGUUUGCCCGGCGUGCAAUGGUUCUGGAAUCGAUCCUUCCGCUGUAUGCAGCACCUGUUCGGGCAAGGGCACAGUACCGAACAGGCAAGAAGUCACCGUCAAGGUGCCAGCAGGUUGCAAUACUGGCAACCAGCUUCGGCUUAGAGGUGAAGGUGACAAAGGAUCCAAGAAGGGUCCCGCUGGAGAUCUUUAUAUUGGAGUGAAGGUCGAGAACUCCAGCGAUUUUCAGCGCGAAGACUUUGAUAUUUAUACCGAGAGCUCCGUGGGUGUGUUCGAUGCCAUUCUUGGGACCUCCAUCAAGGUGAAGACCAUUGAUGGGGACGCAGAAAUCAAAGUGCCGAAAGGUACGCAGCCUGAGACGCGUCUUCGAAUCAGAGGCCGAGGUGUGCCAAAGCUCGGCAAACCUCAGGAGCGUGGUGAUCACUACAUCACCGUGAAGGUGAACAUUCCCAGGAACUUGUCUUCAGAUGAGGAGGAGAAGGUCACGGAGCUCCGCAACGGCGCGAAACAGUAG